ACUACCAGUAGCAGCAUCAGGCAGAAAACCUUUAGAAAAUUCGAAUUAUUUCAGAAAGAACAGUAUAGGGGCAAAAUCAACUCGGAGAUCUCUGAGCUAGUAACUAGCUCUAUGUUAAUUUCGAGGUGAUUCUAAAAGGGAUGAAAUGUCAGGCUCACUGUGUAUACAGUGUCAGACACAAACCACAGUGUUUAGUAAGACCUGCAACAGUUGUUUCUUCAACCAUCCAACAGAGAAGAGGAUGUUACAAGCAAUGAAGAAGUAUGAUUACGAAUGGGGACACAAUGAUUGCAACCAUUAUAAUAAUAGCUCUCAGAUAUUAACUUCCACUAAAGUAUUGCUCUACAAAUUACACACUCUGGGAUUUGUCCCCCUUCUCCUGCUUGGAAAAAGGAGAAGGGGAUCAAAACAUAUCGAUAUGGAUUCAUUUUGCCCGCACCCCGAAGUCAUAAAAGAAACGGGCUCUAUUGAAACAUUGAGAAACAUUUAUUUAGGUCUUCUGAAUGUCACACUCGGCACUGAGUCCCAAUGCCAGUGCUCCCCAGUGUCUCCAGAGCCAGACGGGACCCCUGCACCAGACGAGGUAGAUGGAACCCCUACAACAAUCAAUCCAGUGGGAACCCCUGCACCAACCAAGCGAGACGGAAUCCCCAUAUCAUUACGACUUAACCUAAUCCCCACACCAACAGAGCCAGGCAAACCCUCCACACCAACCAAUCCAGUGGGAAUCCCUACACCAACCAAUCUAGUGGGAACUCCUACAGCAAUUGCUCCAUCAGGAACCCCUGCACUAAAUAUGCUAUACGGAAUCCCCACAUCCAUCAGCCUGAACAAAAUCGCCACACUAACAGAGCCAGCCAAACACUCCACAUCAACCAAUCCAGUGGGAACCCCUUCACCAAUUAUUUCAGUGGGAACCCCUGCACCAGCCGAGCUAGACGGACUCCCCACACCAACAGACCCAGGCAAACCCUCCACACCAACCAAGCUAGACGUAAUCCCCACAUACAUCUGCCUGAACGGCAUCCCCACAUCCAUCUGCAUGAACGGAACCCCCACACCUAUACAGCCCAAAAUUCCCAGACCAAUACAGCCCAAAAUCCCCACACCAAUACAGUCAGACAAACCCUCCACACAAAACAAUCCCGUGGAAACCCCUACACCAAUGGAUGAAACCUCUGACUCCUCUGAGCCCCAGGACCAAGAGAUACAAAGGCUAAAAAGAAAAAUGUGGACAGAUGAAGAUCUAAUCGAAGCUGAAGACGGUGCAACCACUCAAGCACAAAAGAGAAUAAAGACAACCGAAGAGUGGCUGAACAUGGAUACGGACAGGCCCACGGUGUCAAGACAUGCAGAGGUAGACACUGAAGUAUUAGAUCAACUAGAACAACACGAAGAAGAGUGGCUGAACAUGGAGACGGACAGGCCCACGGUGUCAAGACAUGCAGAGGUAGACACUGAAGUAUUAGAUCAAUUAGAAAAGAGCAGUAUUGUACAAGCAACCAACAAGCAAACAUUGUGGGCUAUAAACUGCUUCAAGGACUGGCUGGCAGAGAAACAGAUGCUAGUGGAUUUCUCAACCAUUGAGAAAUCCGAAAUGAAUGUCCUCUUGCGAGAUUUUUACUGUUCUGUUCGAAGGGGUAAAGGUGGGGAGUAUUGCAUCCCAAGCUAUAUCGGAAUCCGGGCUGGCGUGAACAGAUUCAUUAACCUCCCUCCCCUUAGCAGAGCCUGGUGCUUGAUGAAGGACAGUGAGUUUACCUCCUCUAAUAAUGUAUUUAUUGGGGUACUAAAGAAAAUCAGACGAGAGGGCAGGGACAAAACUACCCAUCCUAAGGUGAUUAAAGCACAAGACCUUGAGAUUCUUCAAAACUCUACUGUGCUAAGCCCUUACACACCCAGAGGACUAGUGAACAAAGUGUGGUUCGAUAUCCAGGUACACUUUGGCCCCAGAGGAAAGGAGGGCAAUAGGCGGCUAACGCCACAGUCGUUUGUAAUAAAGUACGAUGAAAACGGAGCAAAAUAUGCAACGAUGAUUUCCAACGAAGAAAGACCGAACAACAAAGAUGCAGAAGAGAAGAACGGGCCUAAUCGCUGUGGAAUCAUGUUUGAGAACCCUGGUAGUCACCUCUGUCCGGUCGCCUCCUUGGAGAAGUAUCUGAGCAAGAUCCCGUCAGAUGCCACCGCCCUCUACCUCCAUCCUAAGAAGAUGGUCAUCACCAGUGAUAGCAUAUGGUAUAGCCAGGAGCCAAUGGGGUUCAACUACCUUUCAUCAAUGCUGCCCCGACUGUGCCAGGAGGCUGGUACAUUGGAGAAGUACACAAACAACUGCUUCCGAUCUUUGCGUGAGAUCAUGUCUGUCAGCAGGUACAAGACUGAUAGUUCCUUGAAAAGUUUUUGAAAACCUUCAAUGGACAACAGAAAGAGAUGUCAAAUAGGCUCAAUGUGAGUCAAGGCAGUGACACGUUUCAGUUUUACUUCCUACCAGCAACAUUGUUUCCACUUUUUGGUCUUUAUAUUCUUAACACAAAUGGAGAGCUUGACAAGAUGCAUACAGCCCUCACCAGAUGUAUUUGGACACUGAGGCUAAGAUUGACGUUUUUGGCUCUAUAUUCCAGCAUUUUGUAUUUAAGAUUAAUAUGAGGCGACAGUUCAGAAUGUCACCUUUAAAUUGAGGUUAUAUUUUAGGUAUAGAUUUUGUUUUGCGCUGUGACUUUACUAUUCUGAAUUUUAAGCCUUUUAAGCUGUCUUUUAACCAACAUGUUUUACUCUACUGGAAACUGUCUAAACAUAAUCAUCCAUUUAGAAAAUCAGAUGUUUAGAAAAGAAAUCUCAGCACUACAAAGAAUGGAUGGAUAAGGGGAUAUGGUUGAUUCUGAUAGAUAAUAGGGGGAAUUGAUUUUUGUAUGAGGAUUUCUAAAAUAUAAUUGUGUUUGUGACUGGAAGCAAUUUGAUGUUAUACUUCCUAGAUCUGUUUUCACACUGGUAGAAAAAAACAUGUCUACACCACUUUGUAUACCAUCUCUUGAGGUAAAUGGUCAUAAUGUUGAACAAAUUAAUUGUACCCUUCACAUAGAAAUGAUAUUUUCCUAAUUUACAAGAUCUAUUGUUUAACCGUUAUGUACCAACUAUCUCAAAUUACCUGUACCCCCUUACAUUCAAGAUUUUGAACAACAUAUACCUCUUUCUCAGAAAUAAAUUGAACCAACAAAACAAUUUUGCAAGCUAUAAUGAUAGUGCAGCAGAACCUGUUAGAGUGCUUGAGAGUUAAGGUAGUAACUAGAAGUGUGGAAAACCAGACGAGCCAAACAUACGUUGCGGGAAGGAACAAAAGGCCCAAGAAAAGAUGUAAACCAUAUGGAACCAGGAAUAAGACCGCAUCGAGAGAACAUAAAUAUGGAGUGAAACAACCUCGUCUGAGGGCUGAGAGAAUAUGAGUAAUAACAAGUACAUGUAUCCUAAAGUCUGUCGGCAUAGUGCACUUGAUUACAUUAUAAUGUUGGCCUACAUCAAUAAUUGUAGCCUACUUUUCCUUCCCGGCGCUAGGGCUGCUGAAUCAAGUGCACCUACCGUCAACAGCGCAAAAGAAAUGAAGAAAAAGGAACGCAAGGCUUUAUCACAGAGUUUGUAAACCAACUGUACUGUCUUUGGCUUUAUCUUAGUUUUUUUUAGCUUGGAGAUUGCGAUCGACCUGUUGGUAACAACUGUUGUAGCCUUUUACUUGCGAGGCACGUCGGAGCAUAAAUUGAAAUAAUUUGCCCCACUAUAGAUUUACAGUUUAUCAGUAAGGUAGGGCAAAGGCCUGCAGACUACCUAACCUGAUAAUCGCCCAAAAGUACAUGGAUGAUAAGAAUCCGUAGUAAAACCCGGAUAAACUGUCUAACAAAAUGAAUAAUUAGACAUUCGAAACCACCUGUAACCAUGAACAGAAUUAUUGGAAUGACCACACAAACUGUGAAAUUAUCAUUAAUGGGCUACAGGCAACCAUAACUAGAAGCUGAAAACCACAAUUCAGAAUUGAUAUAUUCCAGUCGAUGACCACCCUGCCACUUGCUACUGGGAGGAGAAUAUAACCAUUAUACAAGAUGGAACUGUGAUUGCAAGGACUGACCUAACGUCAAAAUUGUUGUAGAAAAACGUUUGUUUAUGACAAUGAAUGAAACGCCUAGGGUGAUGAGUUAGGCAGUCAUAGAUCUACUGAGCUCAUUAAGAAUGGAUGAAAACAUUACUUUCAUCACUGAAUAAUCAUUUCAUAUAAUGGAAGUGAUAUUACAAAGUAGGCUACAAUUAUGCAUGUAGGCCAACAUUAUAAUGUGAAAUCUGAAUGACUGCCUACAGACUUUAGGAUACAUGUUUUACUGAUUACUAUACAAUACUGAUCCAUGUUUGCCAGCAAUGGAGUGUCAGGAAAUGUAGAAACGGAUGUUCCAAGUUCAAGUGUUGUAGUUAUCCAUCUGGCUAGCUUUUAGCUUUUGCACUCAACAUGGAAAUAUAAUUGUUGUGAUUGAAGUUGUAUUGAACAUUGUGAAUACAAGGCCUAUCAAGA